UCGCCGUCAUGUUGCUGCUUCUGAUAGCUACCAGCGUCCUCCUCGUCCCCGGUAUCACCUCCACGGCCCCGGGCCAAGACUCAAAGGCCACUCGAUUCGUCUGCACCUCUGUGCCAUUGGAUGCAGACCCCAGCUGCCCGGUGCCAGCCGUGCCCAUGCCAGUGAACACAGCCCAAGAGCAGGAGCUUCGUGCCACCGUCAUGCAACUGAGGGAGACCAUCCUACAGCAGAAGGAGACCCUGGGGAACCAGAAGGAGACCAUCAAGGAGCUGACCAGUAAGCUGACCAGGUGCGAGAGUGCCCAGUUGGAUGCCAAGUACAUGGGCAGCCGCAGGAAACAGCAUGUGCCUGGCAAAGACACCAUGGGCGACCUGCCCCGUGAUCACAGUCAAGUGGUGGAUCACCUGGGCAGGACCAUUCAAGCGCUGAAAAAUCGACUCGGGAGUCUCGAGCAGCAGACACACCCCAAUUUUUCCAACCAUACUUUCCCCAGUGACCUUCGUGAGCAGCUUCAGAGGAAGCUGGGGGAUUUGGAAAGUCAACUGUUAAACAAAGUCUCUGAACUUGAGGAUGAGAAGUAUGUUCUUCUGAAUGAGACAGCAGCCCAUCGUUACAAGACAGAGUCUGCCCUCAAUGCCUUGCAUGAAAGGGUUACUGAACUAGAGAAAGAGAGCAGUGGCUUUAAGUCACCUGAUGAUUUCAAGGUGUCGCUACCUUUGCGAACUAAUUACCUGUUCGCCAGGAUAAAGAAGAGUCUCCCUGAAAUGUAUGCCUUUACAGUGUGCAUGUGGAUCCGCUCCAGGGCAUCGUCUGGUAUUGGAACACCCUUCUCUUAUGCUGUGUCUGGACAAGCUAAUGAAAUUGUGCUAAUUGAAUGGGGAAAAAAUCCAAUUGAAUUACUUAUUAAUGACAAGGUUGCCCAGCUGCCAAUCAAUAUUAAUGAUGGCAAAUGGCAUCAUAUUUGUAUAACAUGGACCACCAGGGAUGGCAUGUGGGAAGCUUUUCAGGAUGGCCAAUCACAAGGCACAGGAGAGAAUCUGGCACCUUGGCAUCCUAUCAAAGCAGGUGGUGACUUGAUCCUGGGACAGGAGCAGGACACAGUUGGAGGGAGGUUUGAUGCGACACAGGCGUUUGUUGGAGAACUGAGCCACUUCAAUAUCUGGGACCGCAUCCUCACUCCAGAAGACAUCAGAAGCAUGGCCAACUGUUCUGCUAACCUGGCCGGCAACAUCAUUCCCUGGAUUGACAACAAUGUGGUUGUGAAUGGUGGAGCCACUAAGUUGCCACUGGAGACUUGCAAAGAGCGCUUGGUUAGUUCCUGAUCACUGGUCAGGAUUCACUUAAGUGCCGGUUUCUUUUCAUACAGACAACUUUCUGUGAUAUGGUGAAACGUAUAUUCUUUUCCCCAGCUGAAUUUGCCCUUCCUGGGAGGGAGCAAUGACUGUGGUAUUCUAUUCUGUCUUUCAAACUAAAUGAUGCUGUCAGCCAUAUAUCAGUAGGUAGCACACUCGUCAAAAGGUGAUGUGUUUAGGCCCUAACCAGACACUUAAACAUAAAAAAUCCAAGAGAACAUCCCCGGUGCAGUCUUGCAGGAGUGUUGCACAUUUAGAUGUGCCAUUUUCAAGAGAGGGAAUGAACAGAGGCCCUGGUCAUUUACUUUAAUGGGUGCUAUAACAUCUCUCAACACUAUGUGAAGAUGACCAGUUGAGAACUGUCCCUCCCCAUUCCCUACCUAUCAUGUUGAAUAUUUAUCCACCAAUUAAUAUCACUAAUAAGUAGGAAACCUGAUUACUAUCAAAUUCCUGUUUGUGGGAUCUUGUUGUGCACAAAAUGGCUGAUGUCCUUCCUACAUUAUUACAGUCACUGCAAUUCAAAACAAACUUAAUUGGCUACAAAGCAUGUCUGGACAUUUCAAGGUCACAAAAGGCACUAUAUAAAUAUGAGUUCCUUUCUUUCUGAUGAGCACAACUGUCUGGGAAGAUAUUGCUGCCUGAAAUGUUAAUAUUUCGAAAGCUGAUUGAUUUGUAUUGUGUUGCACGCUUAUCGCUAUUGCCCAGAUUUUGCAAUCAUCAGCAAAGAUACUGACCUUGAAUAAAUUUGCCCACAAAGUUCAGAUCUGGUUUGGAUUCCCCUUUCUCAACUUAAGUUUGAAUCUAACAGGAAGUCAAGGGGGUUCCUUGGUUUCCAGUCAUAAUGAUGCUAUCAAACAGAGUAGACAUCCAAUCACAUUAAAGUAUUUUCACAAACAGCAAACUAGGAAGUCAAAAUACAAUGAUUAUCCUUCACUUUUAGCUAUAUCUUUCAGAGGCCAAAUUAAAGACUAAGAAGUACACAUGGGCUUGGGUUAAAUGUUUAAAUAUCACAAAGUUUUUUAAAAAGAUCUUUAAGAACUUAUGGGGUGGUUUUAAAAUGAAGAAAUGUGAUGUUCUACAAAUAAAUUACUCUUCCAGGGCCAGAGAGGUUUUCCGGUGACAAUUAUGAACUUAGUACACCAUCAAAAAUCCAUAUAAACAUCAUUCAUCAAGGUGUAAUUUUUACAACUUUCACUGUGAAAUUAAUAGCAAAAGGAGCAAAUUAUUGUUGGUUCUGUAAUGUAUACUUGAGUGCAGUCUGUGGGGACUUCAACAAUGCAUCCUAUGAGGAAGCGUGGAUUACUGACAGCAACAUCUGGAUUUCCAUGUUUAGCUGCUCACACGUAGAUUCCUGGAGCUACUGUAGGUUUUAGAGGCGUAAUGAAAGUGAAUACUGACACUUCAUUAUCAUUACUAUCGCAAAGUCAAUCUUUCUAGUAUUCCCACUUCUAUGUCACAGAAUUCAGCUGGGGAAAAGAGGAGCUAUAGAAACCUUCCCGUUGUAACAUGUUCUCUGUUUUGCAGUCACUUUAUCUGCUAGUAGUCACAGGGCAAAUAGAUAGUUCAGCCAAACAAAGUAGCACAACUUUUUCACACUAUUGCUUUUAUUCUUGAUGAUUGAGGAAAGCCAAAGCUUAUUGUUUUCUUGCAUUAAUGUCAUUUUCUGUACAUAUCUGAUGAAAUACAGAGUAAAUA